AUGCAGACGACGACAAUCAGUGAAGGUCAUACGGAUUUACACCAUCUCACAAUUGACCCUCAGCACAAUCUUAAAGAAAGUGACAAACACAAUGAAGGAGUUGAAACGCGAGUGGGGUCGUCUGCAAGUGAUUCAGGAGCAGCGUCUGUCUCUGACAUGAAAGCCCAAACGAAACGUCAGCGGCUGCGCGCACGGGUGCAAUUUGCGACAGUUUGUGGGUCUAUGUACCUAGCUGGAUGGAAUGACGGGACGACUGGUCCAUUGCUCCCCCGGAUACAGAAAGUGUAUGACUUGAAUUUCACUAUCGUAUCCUUGAUAUUCGUGUUCGCAUGCGUUGGCUUCCUAUCUGGAGCAUUUGCAAACCUAUAUCUGAAUGGCAGAUUCGGUUUCGGGAAAGUGAUUGUAUUAGGAUCUGCGUGUCAAGUGAUAGCGUACGCCAUAGAGGCGGGUGCCUUGCCAUUUCCUGCAUUCGUGCUAGGCUACGCCAUCAAUGGCUUUGGAAUGGCUCUACAGGACGCACAAUCGAAUGGUUAUGUGGCCAGUCUCAAGGAUAAUCCCGAGGUGAAAAUGGGGAUCCUCCAUGCAGUAUACGGUGCUGGCGCUUUGUCGUCCCCUUUGGUAGCAACGCAAUUUGCCCAGCUUCCGCAUUGGUCAUUUCACUACCUGUGCAGCCUUGGUGUUGCGUUCAUAAACAUAGUAUCGUUGAUUCUAAGCAUUUCACAGAGUGCCUCGCUCAGAUUGGACAACCACCAGGAGAAAAGGGAACAAGCUGAGAAGAGCCAGUUCAGCCAGAUAUUGCGGCUCAGAGAAGUGCACCUCCUCGCCUUCUUCAUUUUAAUAUAUGUAGGAGUGGAGGUCACUAUGGGUGGGUGGAUGGUGACGUACAUAAUCGACGUGCGCGGAGGAGGUUCUAGCUCGGGAUAUAUAUCAUCAGGGUUUUUUGGAGGUCUCAUGAUUGGCCGUGUCGGUCUUUUGUGGGUGAACAAAAAGGCAAGUCUUUAUCCCCUUCAUAGCAUGCAACAUAUAUCUCAAAGAUCACAGGUUGGGGAACGUCGUGUUUUGUUCAUUUAUGCUAUCCUCGCAAUUGGGCUGGAACUAGUAGUAUGGCUGGUACCUUCGCUCAUUGGUGCAGGCGUUGCGAUCUCCAUAAUUGGAGUGAUUUUGGGGCCGAUGUAUCCCAUCGCUAUGAAUCACACAGUACGAAUUCUCCCUGAGUGGCUCGUCACAGGGUCGAUUGGCUGGAUAGCAGGCUUCGGACAAGCAGGUUCUGCACUCUUACCAUUCUUAACCGGUGCCAUUGCAUCGGAGGCGGGAAUAAAGAGUUUACAGCCAUUGUGA